AUGCUGAACCAACUCACCGUGCCGUUAUGGCUGUAUGCCCUCAUAGCGCUCUGUUGCAGUGCCCAAACGGCGCACGCCACACAGCCGAACUUCAUCUUCAUCAUCACAGACGACCAGGACUUAUUAAUGGACUCCUUGAUGUAUCAGCCCAAGGUUCAGAAGCACUUCGGCGACGAGGGAACCUUUUACAGCAAACACUUCUGCACCAUUUCUGUCUGUUGCCCCUCGAGGGUAUCGCUGCUUACGGGGAAGGCUGCUCAUAAUACCAAUGUCACUGAUGUCCAAGCGCCAUAUGAGGGCCCCUUCAUUGUGCCAGCUGACAAGUUGCCAGGUGGAUAUACGAAGUUCAUAUCUGAAGGAUGGAACGACAAAUAUUUGCCGAUAUGGCUACAAGAAGCAGGGUACAACACCUAUUAUACCGGCAAGCUUAUGAAUGGCCACUCGAUGUCGACGUACAACAACCCCUUCCCCGCCGGUUGGAAUGGGACGGACUUCCUGAUCGACCCUGGAACUUAUCUCUACUACAACUCUACCACUCAACGGAAUAAAGACGCCCCCAAAAAGAACCCGGGGCUAUAUUCCACGGAUCUCGUCGCGGAAAACGCCAUCGGGUUCCUGGACGAGGCCCUUGCCGCUGCUGAUGAAGAAUCCUUCUUCCUCGGCAUUGCACCCGUUGGUCCCCAUUCGGAAACGCACACUGCCGUUGUGGACGGGCUGGCAACAACGGCUCUGUACCCGCCGGUACCGGCGGACAGGCACAAGGAUCUGUUUCCCGACGUGAAGGUGCCACGCACGAAGAACUUCAACUCGGAUAAGGCCACCAGCGCAAGCUGGAUCAGAUCCCUGGAGAAGAACAACGAGACCGUAGUCGAGUACAUGGACGAGUGGUACCGGCUCCGCUUGCAGACGCUCCAAGCUGUCGACGACCUCGUCGACACGGUCUUCGACUGGCUGGACGCGCACCCAGACGUGCGGGACAACACUUACGUCAUCUACACGACCGACAACGGCUUCCACAUCGGCCAGCACCGCAUGACGCCCGGCAAGAGCUGCAGCAUCGAGGAGGACGUCAACAUCCCCUUCUUCAUCCGCGGGCCCGGCGUCGCCAAGGGCGCGGUCGCGACGUUCCCGACUAGCCAUACUGACAUCGUGCCCACGCUGUUCCAGCUGGCGGGGAUCCCGUUGCGUGAGGAGUUUGACGGCGAGCCGAUCCCUGUAACGGGGGACCUUGUCGCGGCGGGGAAGCAGAAGAGCGAGCAGGUGAACAUUGAGUACUGGGGCUAUUCGGUGGUCGAGGGUGUCUUUGGUGGUGAGGGAGCUGGGAUGUACAAGACGCCGCAGAAUGUCCUCGCUGGAGUUGUCGGGAUCAACAACACAUACAAGACCGUCCGCGUGGUUGGUGAGGACUAUAACUUGAUGUACACAGUAUGGUGCACCAACGAGCACGAGCUCUACGACAUGAACAACGACCCCUACCAAAUGACCAACCUCUACCACACCAACAGCACCCUCGCCUCCUGGCCCCUCUCCAACCUAGAGCCCCGCCUCGACGCCCUAACCAUGGUGCUCAAGUCCUGCAGCGGCGCCGUGUGCACGCGGCCCUGGGCGAUCAUCCACCCCGAGGGCGGCGUCGCCACGCUGAAAGACGCGAUGCAUCCCAAGUUCGACGCCUUCUACGGCGCGCAGCCCCGCGUUGCGUACACGGGGUGCGCGCUGGGGUACUUUACGGGGCUGGAGGGCCCGAUGAGCGUGGAGCCUUAUAGUUCGGCGGUUUGGGGGCGGAGGGAGAAGUGGAAGAGGUGGAUAUGA